AUGACUGGAGAGUCAUCAACUACUAAGUCACUUCUCGAUCAUCCGUGGAUUAGAACUAAGGAAGAAGUCGCUAAAUAUUAUGAUGUUCAAGAAGACAUAGGUCUUUCUGAAGCACGUAUAAGACAAGAUUUUGAAAAAUAUGGCCCUAAUGAAUUGCCUGCCGAAGAGGGCAAACCACUUUGGAAACUUAUCUUAGAACAAUUCAAUGAUCUUCUAGUCAAAAUUUUACUUGCUGCUGCUUGUAUAUCAUUCGUCUUAGCUUUAUUCGAAGAACAUAAAGAAGACCAUAGUCUUGUAGCAGCUUUUGUUGAGCCACUUGUUAUUCUUCUUAUUCUUAUUGCAAAUGCAACUGUCGGUGUAUGGCAGGAACGUAAUGCAGAAAGUGCUAUUGAAGCACUGAAAGCGUAUGAACCAGAAAUAGCUAAAGUUAUUCGGCAGAAUCGACCGGGGCAUGUUCAAAAGAUUAAAGCUCGUGAACUUGUGCCUGGAGAUAUUGUUGAAGUAGCUGUUGGAGAUAAAGUUCCAGCUGAUAUUCGUAUAACAACUAUCUAUUCGGCAACAAUUCGUGUUGAUCAAUCUUUAUUAACUGGUGAAUGUGUUUCUGUUAUUAAACGCACAGAUCCAGUAUCUGAUGCACGUGCUGUCAAUCAAGAUAAAAAGAAUAUUCUUUUUUCUGGAACAAAUAUUGCAAGUGGUAAAUGUCGGGGUAUUGUUAUUGGAACAGGUUUAAACAGUGAAAUUGGAAAAAUUCAAACCGUGAUGACCGAAACUGAAGAAGAAAAAACACCAUUACAACAAAAACUAGAUGAAUUCAGCGAGCAAUUGUCAAAAGUCAUCUCAGUGAUUUGUGUAGCUGUAUGGCUCAUUAAUAUCGGCCAUUUCAAUGAUCCCGUACAUGGUGGUUCGUGGCUUCGUGGUGCUAUCUACUAUUUUAAGAUUGCCGUCGCCCUUGCUGUUGCUGCCAUUCCUGAGGGUUUGCCAGCUGUUAUAACAACUUGCCUUGCAUUGGGAACACGUCGAAUGGCGAAAAAGAAUGCUAUUGUUGUUUGUAUCUUUUUAACUGCUGCUCUUGGUCUACCGGAAUCAUUGAUUCCUGUACAAUUACUUUGGGUUAACUUAGUUACUGAUGGUUUACCAGCAACAGCACUCGGCUUCAAUCCACCUGAUUUGGAUAUCAUGGAACGUCCACCACGUAAUGGAAAAGAAUCACUGAUUACACCAUGGCUUUUCUUUCGAUACAUGGCUAUCGGAAGUUACGUUGGUUUCGCGGUUGUAUGGAGUGCAACGUGGUGGUCAAUGCAUGCGUCCAAUGGCCCAAAACUUUCGUAUUGGCAUUUGCAAAAUCAUUUCAAAUGUCGUGGAGGUGGAAAAGACUGGGAGAAUAUCAAUUGUUCGGUAUUUGAGGAUCCACAUCCCAUGACAAUGGCUCUCUCAGUACUUGUUACUAUUGAAAUGUUAAAUGCACUUAACAGUUUAUCGGAAAAUCAAUCUCUUCUUAAAAUGCCACCAUGGAAAAAUAAAUAUCUUCUAUACGCAAUUGCCUUAUCUAUGUCAUUACACAUGAUGAUACUCUACAUCCCAAUGUUUAAUACGGUGUUUCAAAUUUGUCCACUCUCAUUAGAAGAAUGGCUAGCUGUAAUUAAAAUUUCUCUACCAGUUAUAUUACUCGAUGAACUGCUUAAAUUUAUUGCAAGACGAUAUAUCGAUCGUGGUUUGAAAUCAGAUCAAACAUUCCACGGUAUGAUAUCAUCAUUCAGUACAACGUUAUUAAAAAGUAAUUUGGCUAGUGUUGAUAAAAUUUAUGGCCACGAAACAGCACAUAUUGAAUAA